CCCAAACUAAUAUUAAGGAGAGUUUUCUGUGAGAAAAUUUAUUGGCAAUAAUGCAGCGUUUGCCCGUUCGGUGAAAAGAAGAAGAAGCUGGCAAGUUUCCACCACCGAGGUUCGGCCAUGGAUUCCACCAACUCCUCCUUGGGAUCCAGAUCUCUCAACAUCGGCGAGAAGCUCUGCGCCGCAGCGAUACCUUUCCUCGCCGUAAUCGAGGCCCUAGUCUUCACCAUCGCCGGUUGCUUCGAGUACAAACAACCCGCCCCCAAGAGAUACCGGUUAGGAUUCCGGGAUCUCUCUCGCCUCGCCGCUGAAUCUCGAUUUACUGUGAAUGAAGUCGAGGCAUUGUAUGAGCUGUUUAAGAAGCUAAGUAGUUCGAUCGUUGACGAUGGUUUCAUUCACAAGGAAGAACUUCAGUUGGCACUGUUCAAAAAGCCAUAUGGAGAGAAUCUUUUUGUAGAUCGGGUUUUCGAUCUAUUUGAUGAGAAGAAAAAUGGCGUCAUUGAAUUUGAGGAAUUUAUCCAUGCACUAACUGUUUUCCAUCCCUGCUCACCUGUGGAAGACAAAAUAGAUUUUGCAUUUAGGCUUUAUGAUUUGAGGCAAACCGGAUUUAUUGAGCGAGAAGAAGUGAAGCAAAUGGUGAUUGCAAUAAUGAUAGAAUCUGAUCUGAAGCUACCUGAUGAACUUCUGGAACUUAUUAUUGACAAGACGUUCAUUGAUGCUGAUGCUGACAGGGAUGGUAAAAUCAACAAAGAAGAAUGGAAGUCUUUUGUUCUGCGAAACCCUGUCAUCCUAAAGAACAUGACUCUUCAUUAUUUGAAGGAUGUGACGACAACGUUUCCAAGUUUUGUUUUCAACACUGAGGUUGAAGACUAAAGAUGUUGGCGUGUUGACUUGUGUCUGAAUCUUGAAGUUGAGGGUCGGGUCUGGUAUUGUUGGGUUGGGUUCAGCUUUGCCGUCUGUUGGGAAUUCUAGGCGAUGUGGCAAAGGUGCUGAUUGUUCAAGCAAGUUCCAAACAAAUAGCAGCGAAGCCUUGGUGUCUACAAAAUCUCUCAUUAAAUUGUAAAGGUAUCCAAAUUGGGAAUCAUUGUUUGUAGAGGCAUUUAGGAGGAAAGAAAAUGGGGUCGGCUGGGUUUAAAUUUAUGCCAGAGCCCAGAAAAAAGUUCAAUAGUGGUGCCCUUCUUGAUAUUUUUGGAUUUCCUUCUUAUUUUACUUUCUUCUUCUAUUGUGGGGGGAUUAUAAUCAGCUAUUAGGGUUGUAACUUUCGCCUGUAUAUCACACUUGAAAAGUUGCUUAGAUGCUUCUUAAGAUUUUGAAUUUGCAUUGGCAGUUAAAUAUUGUUCUCCUUGUUGGAAAUGCAGAAAACUGAUGGCUGAAGCCUUAUGAUGAUAAUAUGAAAAUUUUCUUGGGAAAUGGUUGAAGUUGGAACUA